AUGACCACCACCGUCGCCGGUGACUCCCCUUAUACUUACACACCGGUCGAACACAUUCUCCUCAACUGUGGCUCCUCUGACAAUUCUACAGCAUCAGAAGCUCGGAUCUGGAUUGGAGACGUGAAUUCAAAUUAUCUCACUCACUCACAAUCACAAAUUCAGUCAUCUCUUACCGCUAGCGCUGUUAAACAAGCGCUGACUGUCCCCCGAGUGCCUUUUACCGAUGCACGGCUAUCUCUAGCCCGUUCACCUACUCAUUCCCCGUCACUGCGGGCCAAAAAUUCCAACUUCAACGCUUCACUUAACGCAGAUGCCGAUUCUGGACCUACCAUAUCCAGAGAAUACUGUGUCAAUAUCGAAGAAGAUCAGAGGUUGAACAUAACCUUCACUCCAUCUCCGAACGUUUCUAAUUCCUAUGCUUUUAUCAACGGGAUUGAAGUCUUGUCGAUGCCUACUAAUCUCUAUUUCACUCCUGUUGAUGAUCCAGGGAUACUUUCGAUCGGCCGGCAGAACCUGUACCGCGUCGUUAACAGCACUUCUCUCGAGAUGGUAUACAGAUUAAACGUUGGAGGGCGAACCAUCUCACCCGCUAAUGACACCGGAAUGUUCCGGGAAUGGCAACACGACUCCAGUUACUUAAAAGAAUAUGGAAGAAUGUCAUUCCUACCUUUCAACGAUACUAUCAAACUGAAGAACACCGUCAUACCCCCGUACACUGCUCCAGAAGAUCUCUUUCGCACUGCCCGAACUAUGGGGUAUAACUCAACUCUGAACCUGAGCUACAAUCUUACCUGGCAAUUCCCCGUAGAUUCUGGGUUUGAUUACCUCAUUAGGCUGUACUUCUGCGAGUUUCAACCCGAAAUUAUUCAAACGUCAGACAGAAGCCGACGUAUUUUGUGGAGUGGUGGAAAGGGUGUGCCCGUGUAUAAAGACUACGCCAUUUCGAUGCGCGAAGGAACCGAGAAGAAAGUGAAUCUCUAUGUCGCAAUAGGAACCGAACCGCGAAGGUGGAAGACUUCGUACCAGGAUGCAAUCUUGAACGGCGUCGAAAUCUUUAAAAUCAGCGACUUCAACGGCAAUCUUGCCGUCAACCCCGCUCCACUUCCGCCGGACCCUCCAACUAUUCCGCCACCAGGACAGUCGCAGAAUUCGAAAGGGAAUAGAACAAAAAUAAUUUCUGUCGCCACUGAUGGUGUCGCCGGAUUUAUUGUUCUCUCGUGUUAG